UUUGACACAUCAUAAUCAAUCUAAUUCUUGGUUUUAAAUUAUAAUAAUGUCUAAGGAUCAACUGGUCUAUUAGCGGUAUACGUCUUAUUUCUGUUAUUGACGUCUUCGCCGGCUGAACCGGUACCCAUAACCGUAAUAUUAAUCACAUUGAACGUGUUUGUCAUUCAGUUACGGACAUUGUCUAGGCAUUUGGUACAGAUAGUGUUUGACGAAAUAUUCUUUUAUUUUACACUUUCCUUUUCCGAGCAAAUAAUCUAUUAAAAUGUCUGAAAGUUCACCAGAUGAGUUGAAUUCCAUGCGCAAGGAUUUCAUUUGCGGCGUCGUCGAAGGCUUUUACGGCCGGCCUUGGACGACGGAGCAGAGGAAAGAUUUAUUUCAAAAAUUGAAAAAAUGGGGACUAGACAUGUAUGUUUACGCUCCCAAAGACGACUACAAGCACAGAGCCUACUGGAGGGAGCUGUACACAGUGGAAGAAGCAGAACAUCUGACAUCACUAAUAUCGGAAGCUAAGUCUCACGGUAUUACUUUCUGUUACGCCUUGUCUCCCGGACUGGACAUCACAUACAGCAGCCAAAAGGAAAUAACAACAUUGAAACGGAAACUAGAGCAGGUAUCUCAAUUUGGGUGUACAUGUUUUGCUCUGCUGUUUGACGACAUCGAGCCGGAAAUGAGCGAAGCUGACAAGCAAAUAUUCCAGAGUUUUGCACAUGCUCAGGUAUCUGUUACAAAUGAGAUCCACCAGCAUCUCGGCAGCCCCAAGUUCCUCCUUUGCCCGACUCAGUACUGUUCCACGAGGGCUGUACCAACUGUGCACACAUCGGAGUAUCUCAAUACAUUGGGCACUAAACUCUCCCAGGAAAUUGACAUCAUGUGGACGGGACCCAAAGUUAUAAGUAAGACUCUAACCACAGAGUGCAUUGGAGAGAUAACGCAAGUGCUACGAAGACCUCCUGUUAUUUGGGACAAUUUACACGCCAAUGACUACGACCAGAAGAGGAUAUUCUUAGGUCCAUACUGCGGCCGCUCCCCCGAGCUGAUCCCUCUCCUCCGGGGAGUGUUAUCUAACCCCAACUGCGAGUACAACGCCAACAUGAUACCGAUAUGGACCCUCGCACACUGGGCCAGGUGCAGCCUGGAUGCACCAGCACAUAUGGAAGCUGUGUCGUGGGACAUUAAGCUGGAACGUGAGAGCGAGCAAGGUAUAUGUGAAGAUGAAGUGCCUCUCACUCUCGGUAAACACGUGUACCACCACAGACAAGCGCUGAGACAAGCCAUAAACGAGUGGCUCCCAGAGUUUUCUAUACCCAAAACAGCCCAAGGUCCAGUCAUUAAACCUCAACCGCAGGUGGCCGCUCCUCCGGUACCUAUCCUGCCGAUCCUGCCGUCGGUGAACACGUGUAUGUCGCUGACGGCCACCACCACGACCAGCUCGCGCGCCCCGGACCUGCCCAUACCCACCGUCACCACCAGUCAGCUGCAGGCGCUGGCUGACCGGCCAGCACUCGCCACCGCUGUGACGUCAAUCGAGCCAUUCAAUCCUGUCCCCAACCCUGUGAUGAAUUCCUUAGUAUCACCGACUAAGGUGAUCCUCAACGAGUCCAUCCCAAACCCCAUCAUACCCAUGGCCAGUUCCAUCGCUCUGCCGCCCGAGCUGCCGGUGUCCACGCUGCCGGUACCCAUAAUGGGCAUCAAGGCGAUCGAUGGUGACAAAAUCGAUUCGGAAAUGGAUAAAAUCGAUAUCAACGAAUCGAAUGAUAGUCUACUGACGCAGAGCUUCAUAGACGAUAUGAAAAAGGACAAAGAGGACGACGACACUAUCAUAGUUGAUGAUCUGGAGCAGUCUGAACAGCAGCGGAACGGUGACAUGAGUGUUGGAGACACGCCCCAGACGUUGAGUCCGAGCCGCGUCCCCGAGGGUGUGGAACCCCUCGACGUGGACCCUCCAUCAACCGCAGCUGAUUCUGAUGUUGUCAUGAACGAUCAGCUCAGCGAGAACGGUUCUAUGCAAGUUGAGCCUAGCAGCAGUCCGUUGAGCGGGGACAUGAUAGUUGAACAAGCCGAGGCCAUCGAUGACAGUGACUCUCGGCUGUCUCAAGAUGAUCUGCUGUUGCUCUGCGAGCUGUUCUACCUACCAUUCAGCCACGGUGGUAGAGGUCUCAGACUAUUGCACGACUACCACUGGCUCACCACCCACGCCACCAGCUGCCUAGCAAGAGGGAAUAAACCGGAACCCAGCGAGUGGCGUCGUCGUCUGCGUCGCUUCUCGUGGUGGUCGUGUCGCGCGCGCCGCUUGUCCCGCCGCCUGUCCUUGUGCGCCAACCGGGAGCUACACGCGGAGCUGCACCCCUACCUAUGGGACCUGUGCGCUGUGCUCGCUCUACUACAGGCCUUCCUACGGUGGCUGGAAAUGGGUAAAUUCCCGCCGAACAUCACUACCAACAUUCAUGGGUCAUAUUCAUGGUUCUCCAAAGGCUGGAGGGAAGCCUUCGAAAGCGGCACCCAAGAGCCGUGGGUGUUCCGAGGAGGUCUGACCGCGGACCUGCGGAGACUACUGCCCGUGGAGUGCAGCGGGGACGCUCUCAGACCCCAGUGUAUACCCAACAGCCUGCCGCUCACCGUGAGACCCUACACACUCGCAGACGAAGACGCGGUGUGUAAUUUGUGCCAGAAAACCUGCCGGGACGGUUUGGACUGCAGUCACUUGUUCCCUGGGGAAUUAAUGUCGCUCCCCGUGGACAGACUGAUCGCUCCAUACUUGACGCUGUCCCCCGAGCUGUGUAUGGUGAUAGAGGAUGAUGGUGACAUCAUCAAUGAUGAUGAUGAUGACAAGCCGGGCAUCAAUAACAACGACGCUAAACCGGAAAUAGUCGGUUACGUGUGCGCGGCCGUCAACAGCGUGGACUUCUAUAGGAAACAGGAAAUAGCCUGGAUACCGGAAAUGUGUCUCAAAUAUCCCAAGGAGUUACUCGACAAAGACGACUUGAGUGAUGCGGCCAAGGACUGCAUCCGCUACUUCCACUCGUACUCCGCGGAGUCCAUCAUCACUUCCUCUUCCGGCGUCUACUCCUCUCACCCGUCCUUGAUAUCGAUGGCUGCUGUGCCACGGUCCGACCCGCUGGCAACCUCGCGUCUGCUCACGUGUCUACUGGCUGCUCUCAGGGCUUACGGUGUUAACGGCGUCCACACCUGUGUGGCCAUCAACGACCAGCACCUGCUGCAGUUCUACAGCAAGUUCGGCUUCACGGAGCACUCGCGUAACGAGGUCCACGUGUUCAUGGCUAAACUGUUCUAGCAGAACGAAUGAGACGCACGCAAGAAACGAAGCACCGUGAACAUGUGGGACGGAAAUAAACUAUAAGUGAUUAUGUGUUUUAAUACAAAAAAAAAAAUGAAUGGUUAUACAAAAAAGUGAAAUUGUGGUUCAAGAAAAAAUAAUACGUACUAAAAUAACAGUUGAUUUGAAAUAAGAAAAAACGUCGUCAAGAAGAUAACGUGUUGGAGUGAGUCGGGAAACGCGUUUGAAUAAAAAAAAUAAUUAAAAUAACUGUUUCAUCUGUAUGUUAAUAUAUAUUUUGGUGUUUAUUCAUACUCCGUAAUAAAAACCGAUCUGUGUAUAAGUAUUCUCCCUUUUACUCAGAUCGAUUUUUUACUAGUUUUUUUUACUAGAAACGUUUUUAAAGCAUUUUUUGUUUAACGAAAUUUUUCUAGGACAUUAUAUGAAAAUAGUCGAGCUGAGAUAUUUAUAAUCAUUAAUACAUUAACAUAAUGAAUAAUGACAAUGUUUCUUGAUGUCUCUCACAAGAUUGUGUUCUAUGUCAAGUCUCUCCUUGUCCGCUACUAAAGAAAACCAUUUACUUGUAUAAAUUGGUGCUUGUUUAUGUAAAGAAUAUAUGUAUAUAUAAUAUAUUUAAAGCGUCAACUUGUCUGUUUGUGUUAAUCAAUAAAUAAAACGUAUUUUUUACUUUAACAUUAUUAAAAUUCAUCUCAAAUUUUAUAUAUAUAUAUAAUUUAAAUUUCAUCUAAUUUGCAUAAUUAAGUAAUUUAUAAAAUAAAAGUUUGAUAGAACCCAUUGUAUUGUUUCCAAAAACUAUUUUUCAAAUAAUUAUUUGUGAUAAAAUAUAUAUAUAAAUAUAAGAUUUCUUCCUUCCAUAAUUAAAUCCUAGGUGUUAGCUACAUAGAUAACAGUAUUGUGUCAUAAGAUCUUAUGUCUAUAUAAAGCACUUUAAAAUAUUAAGAAUUGUAAGUGUACCAUUUCUAUUGGUUGUCAAAAAUUUUAUAAAUGUCGGUAGCUACAGACCAUAUAGCUGGGUCCAGUCACAUAUAUAUUGUUUAGUAUAUACCUGACCGUAUAGUAAUACAAUAAUUGUACACAAAUUAUUCAUAAACUAAAUUUAUCAUAGCAUCAGAUUUAUUAAGUCUAUGUGAAGGCAUACCAACACCCUGUAUAAAAGAAGUAACUUUAGUUGAGGACUCAGUUAUGUGAUUUGGCUCCAAUAAUCAUGAUAUGGAAGUGAAUGUCUCAAUGAAUACAAAGGAUUUGAAAAUGGAAUUAAACUAUAGCUAGUAAGCUGAAUGAAAGUUAGAAAAAAGUUUACACUCAACAAAAGCUUGUAGCAGCCGAGUAUAAAAAAAUAAGGUAGUUCUGAAAUAGUAUGUAAUAAUAGUUAUAUUAAAGGCAAAAAUCACAUUAAAUUUCACUUUGUACUUCUGUAAGAGUGAAAUUUAUACUUAGAUGUGGUUUACGUAUUAAAUAUGGCAUUUGCAGUAGCUAUACAAUUCUAUAGUAAUAAAGUUGACUGACAUAUUUGUCUUUACAUUGAUAUCUUCUCAACAGAACUGUUUUUCACAAAUGGUUUGUUUUAGCAAAAAAAUAAUAUGAAAUAAAUAAUUAAAUCUUAUCUAUGGUUUGAUAUUUGAGGCUAGUCAAGAAUGUAAAGACUGAAUACUAUAGGAAUGUGUUAUAAAAGGAAGCUAGCCGUGGUUUGGACCUAGAUAUAAACUAUGUACUAUCUGACUAACUAACUUACUUUAUAGCUCACUGAGUCGCCAAAUGAGCAUAGGCUUGAUUACAAUAGCUAUGUAAAUAUUUCUUCCCCGAAUCUGUAUAUUAAAUUUUAAUCCCAUAUUUUAAUAAUCACAAUUAAGAAAAUAUUGGAUUAUUAUUUAUAAUGUAUGUGAAAUACGAAAGACAUUGUUUUAUCUCAACACUAGAUCUUCAAAAGCUCGCUUAAUUAAUAUAGGCAUAUAAGUAUAAUAAACAUAUAUAUUUUUUUUUAUAUACAUUAAAUUUCAAUUGAAAUAUUCCUAACAGUGGAGAUUUUCUAUUGUAAAGAAAAUAUUCUUCUGAGACAUAUUAGGCGGGCCAGGAAUAAAUUUUUUUUAUUUCUUUGAUAUGAAGCCUUCAGCUAGUUAAGAUGUUGCUUGUAGCUUUAGCAUUCCAUGUCGCAUGAAUGAAUAUUAUAGCGUUAGAAGUAAGGACUUACAGUAUUUAUGAUUAGCAAUAAUUAAGGAAGGAGUUUUAUUGAAAUUAUAAAUUUUGUAUCAUCCAUUCACACAUGUAUAUUUAGUUUUUAACAUAUUUUCUAUUAGCCAGUUAUAUCUGCUUGGUAUGUAUACAUAUUAUGUCUAAGUAUCUCGAUUGACGUUAACUUAAAAUUCACAAUAACAGUGAUACAUUUGAAAAUGGUGCUAAUUCUUUUGUCUACAUGACAUUAUUCAUGAAACAAAAAAUAAUUAUAAAUAUAAUAUCUCAUUAAAACUACACAAACAAUUUUCUUAAUAAUAGCACAAGAGAAUCUGAACCAUUUUAAACAAAAAUUAAUUCAACGGUCCCGGUACAACAAUCAUAUAAUUUUUUUUACUUUUAUUGUAUAAAAUAUUAUUUAGUCGUUUUUUUUCUGUUAUAUAUUAAUCAUACAAUAAAGAUUACAAACUGCA